UACAAAACAAUUUUCUCAACAACACAACAACGAAUGUUGGGGGAAUGCAAAAAAGCCGUGAACGAAAUUGAACAACGAAAGUCGGAGAACGAAGAAGAGAAGUAAGGAAGAAGUGUGGUUAUUUAGCUAAACGCAAACAUUUUCGCAUAAAAAAGUAAUAAACCAACAUUUUUACGUUCAAGCUUUCGAGGAAAUGUAAAAUACAACUCUAAUAAAUAAAAAUUAAAAGAAAACAACAAAAAGCAGUGCGAAAGCAAUUCAGCGAAACGAAAAAGGGCGCCCCAGUUUCAUCUAUAUCAGGCUCUGUUUUUUUUUUAGCUGUUUGACGUCUGCAGUGUCCAGCGGCAUUGCAUUUGUAGCAACUCCGCUAAAAAAAUAGUUAACGAAAAAGCGGAAACAUUACUGUUGUACAAAGGAAAGUGUACUAGCUAUCUGGCAUAAGCAGCAGUGGAAACGGCAAAUACCCACAGCAGCAAUAACAUCAAUAUUGGCAAUAGCUGUAACGGCAGCAGUGAUUGCAACCAGGUCUUGAUCGUACGCGGUGGCUGGCUCGGAAGUACAGAAACAUUGGGUAAAAGUAAAUGCAGAGACGCUUAUCAUCAGGCGGUUAUUAUGAAAGGAAAUUUGUACAAAAUGUCUCGUAAUAAGGAGAAAUACGAGAGUGCAAACAGACGACAACAGAUUUUUAUGUCAGCAGAAGAUGUGGCUGCUGGCAAAAAAUCAUCUUGGACUGGUAUUGAGAUAACAGGAUGUGUGCGCAACAUCAGUCCAUCGUUAUGGGAAUUCGAACACCUAACAGCUUUGUACCUUAACGACAAUCAGCUGUUGCGUUUGCCUGCCGAUAUUGGUUUGCUAUCUAAUUUGCGUACAUUGGACUUAUCAAGCAAUAAGUUGCGCAGCUUGCCUGCUGAACUAGGCGAGCUAAUACAACUGAGAGAACUUUUGUUGAACAACAAUUACUUGAGAGUUCUUCCUUAUGAAAUCGGCAAACUUUUUCAUUUGCACAUUCUGGGAUUAAUGGGAAACCCAUUGCAGAAAGAAUUUCUAUCCAUCUAUAACGAACCAAAUGGCACUCAGAAACUCUUAACAUAUAUGCUAGAUAAUUUAUCAGUUUCCAUAACACCUCCGCCACAACGCCCAUGGAUACCAUUAGCAAAGCCGAACAAAUCGAGACCAGCUUGCAUCUUUACAGUUAUGUGUUACAAUGUUUUGUGUGACAAAUACGCCACACGACAGAUGUACGGAUAUUGUCCGUCAUGGGCCUUAAGUUGGGAGUAUAGGAAAAAGGCGAUACUUGACGAAAUCCGCCACUAUUCGGCGGAUAUCAUCAGUCUGCAGGAAAUCGAGACAGAUCAGUUUUACAAUUUCUUUCUACCCGAGCUGAAGGCAGACGGCUAUGAGGGCAUUUUCUCGCCGAAAUCACGUGCCAAGACUAUGUCGGAUAUGGAACGUAAAUUUGUGGACGGUUGCGCUAUUUUCUUUCGAGGUGCAAAGUUCACGUUGAUUAAAGAACAUUUAAUCGAAUUCAAUCAAUUGGCUAUGGCUAACGCUGAGGGUUCAGAUAACAUGUUAAAUCGUGUAAUGCCGAAGGACAACAUCGGUUUGGCAGCGCUGCUGAAAGUGAAGGAGACUGCCUGGGAUCCGAUGACGGAAAUGGCACAACUUUCUCAACCGUUACUCGUUUGCACUGCGCACAUUCACUGGGAUCCCGAAUUCUGCGAUGUUAAACUCAUUCAGACGAUGAUGUUGAGCAAUGAACUGAAGAGAAUCAUCGACGAGGCGAGUCAUAGCUUUAGGCCUGGCCAUAAGAGUGACUCGAGUAGCGUUCAACUCUUGUUGUGUGGAGAUUUCAAUUCUUUACCCGAUUCAGGUGUAAUCGAGUUCCUUGGUAAAGGGCGUGUAGUAAUGGACCAUCAGGACUUCAAGGACAUGGGCUAUAAAUCGUGCCUGCAACGUCUACUUUCAAAUGACACCAACGAAUUUACGCAUUCAUUUAAGUUGGCCUCCGCCUACAGUGAAGACAUAAUGCCGCACACAAAUUACACAUUCGAUUUCAAGGGCAUAAUCGACUAUAUCUUCUAUACGAAAACUGGUAUGGUGCCGCUCGGUUUGUUGGGUCCCAUCUCGAAUGAUUGGUUGCGUGAAAAUAAGGUGGUUGGCUGUCCGCAUCCGCAUAUACCAUCGGAUCAUUUUCCUCUGCUGGUCGAAUUGGAAUUGAUGUAUACGGCGGGACAGCAAGCGCCACCCAAUGGGCUGAUCAGCCGACGGUAGCAAUAAAAAUCCGGCAGCUAAAUAGUAUAACAACAAUAGCAAGGAACGCUGAGCAUUCAAAAGCAGUAGCUGCAACAACAACCACG